AUGUGCCACAGCGGCCUUCAGCACCUAGAAGAUGCUUCCAGAGCCUUUUUCCAGGGUCCUAGCCAAGGCACCAGGCAACACCUGGGCCACAGUCCAGACAGCCGACAGGGAGAGACGCAGGCUCGCGACUACGAGCAAUCCCAGGAUGCAUCGCGCCGCCUGGACGCCAUUUUUGUAGUUCUCAGAUACAAUUUCAGAAGUCUUAGCUCCGAAGCCUUGUUUAGAUUAACAGAAGAAAAUGAUAUGGUGACCCUUUCUGAGCCCAGCUAUUCCAUAUGGAAUGCAGUGUCCUGUGCCCUCCAUAAAACACUGUUGAACAAAUUUGAAAUGGGAUCUAAAGCAUACAGAAACAUGGACCGGCUUUUUUCAUGCCAAACCCAUGAGACUGGGUAUUUGUGGGCACUUCUUGCACAAACAGCCAAUGUGAAGUACAAUGAUGUGCAUGUGAACUUCACUCAAGAAGAGUGGGCUUUGCUGGAUCCUUCCCAAAGGAAUCUCUACAAAGAUGUGAUGCUAGAGACCUACAGGAACCUCACUGCAAUAGGCUACAAUUGGGAAAGUCAUAAUAUAGAAGAGCAUUGUCAAAAUUCUAGAAGACAUACAAGAACUCACACUGGAGAGAAACCUUAUGAAUAUAUCCAGUGUGGUAAAGCCUUUGCAUAUAACAAUAACAGUAGUCUCCAAAGACAUAAAAGAACUCACACUGGAUAGAAACCUUAUGAAUGUAACCAAUGUGGUAAAGCCUUUGCAUCUAACAGUAAUCUACGAGUACAUAAAAGAAUUCACACUGGAGAAAAACCUUAUGAAUGUAACCAAUGUGGUAAAGCCUUUGCACAGAACAGGAAUCUCCUAGUACAUAAAAGAACUCACACUGGAGAAAAACUUCAUGAAUGUAACCGACGUGGUAAAGCCUCUGCAUCUAACAGUGAUAUCCUAAGACAUAAAGGAACUCACACUGGAGAAAAACCUUAUGAAUGUAAUCAAUGUGGGAAAGCCUUUGUACGUAACAGUCAUCUCCUAAUACAUAAAUUAACUCACACUGGAGAGAAACUUUAUGAAUAUAUCCAAUGUGGUAAAGCCUUUGCAUAUAACAGUAAACUUUUAGUACAUAAACGAACUCACACUGGAGAAAAACCUUAUGAAUGUAAUCAAUGUGGGAAAGCCUUUGCAGAUAACAGUAGUCUCCAAAGACAUAAAAGAACUCACACAGGAGAGAAACCUUAUGAAUGUAACCAAUGUGGUAAAGCCUUUGCAUCUAACAGUAAUCUACGAGUACAUAAAAGAAUUCACACCGGAGAGAAACCUUAUGAAUGUAACCAAUGUGGUAAAGCCUUUGCACAGAACAGUAAUCUCCUAGUACAUAAAAGAAUUCACACCGGAGAGAAACCUUAUGAAUGUAACCAGUGUUGUAAAGCCUUUGCACAGAACAGUAAUCUCCUAGUACAUAAAAGAACUCACACUGGAGAAAAACCUCAAGAA